AUGGCGAAUGGAGUUGCAGGUGGCACGCGCGGUGCCAGCCAGGGUGGCGACCCCUGGACGUGCCGCUCGUGUGCUGCUGGCUACGCCAACAUGGCAUGGCGCACGGAGUGCAGGCUCUGCAAGGCGGCGAGGCCGCCACGUGGCGCUGGCACGAUCGGCGAUGCCAUCAACAAGGCCAAGGCGAAGGCCAAGGCCAAGGGGAAGGAUAAGGUCGUGGCGAAGCGCGUGCGCUUCGCCUCGGACGUGCCUGGGCCUGCCGCCGCCGCGGCCACGCCGGCGCCGUGGGCGCAGGGCGCGGCCAAGCGGGAGGCGGAGGAGCGGCCCAGCGGCAGCGGCGGCAAGGACGAGGAGGUUCGCCAGGCCCUCCUCAGCCACUUUGGCCCCAGGGAAGGCUGGUCGGCGGCCCUGGUCCUGGACUUCGGGGCACUGGUGCCUGUGGUGGACGCGCCGCCGCCAGCGAAGCCCUUGGCCGAGCUGUCGCUCCAGGCCCUCCUGGCCAGGGAGGCGAAGAUCAAGGGCCAGGUCAGCCGUGCCGAGGCAGCGCUGGUGGCCGUCCAGGAGGAGCAGGCGGCCGUCGCGGUCCGCGUGGCGGAGCAGGCGGACGUCCUCCAGAAGCGGCGCGACCAGCUGGAGGAGGUGGCCGAGGCUGUGCGUGCGAGGAAGCGUGCUGACCUGGAGCAGCACAAGGGGCCGUCGCCCAUGGAGGUGGGCGAGCCUGUGGAGGCCGAGGACUGCCUGGGCAAGGUGCUGCUCAAGGGCCUCGAGGGCCUCGAGGCGGAGCGGGAGCGGGCCCGCAGCCUCGUGGAGAAGCUCGCCGCCGCCGACGCCCGUGCUCGAGAGGCAGCGGCGGCCGAGCGGGCCCGCGCAGCUGCAGCCGCGGCCGAGCGGGCCGCCGCGGCGCAGGAGGCCGCCCCCGCGGCUGAUGGCAGUGAUGACGGCGCUGAUGGUUCUCCUGGGGACCGCAAGCGCGUCGGCGACCUCGACCUCGGCCCCGAGCUCGCCGGGCUCGACGCCGUUUUCGACGAGGUGGGCAUGGAGGACGAGCAGCAGCGCGCAGCCUGGCCCGCAGCGCUGGCCAAGCGCCAGCGGCUGGUAUCGGCCAACACCACUGCGUGGGGCUCGGCGCAGGCGCUGGUCGAGUGGCUGCACGACGACGUGGGGCGGCUGCCUGCGGUGCUCUGCCUCCAAGAGCAUCGCCUCAAGGGCAAGCAGGCGAUGGCCCGCGCGGCGGGCUGGAUGCAGGCGCGCGGCUUCAGCUGGCAUGGCCAGGCAGCGCUGCCGACGGGCACAAGGCCGCUGGAGAGCUCGGGCGGAGUGGCCGUGGCCACGCGGCGGCCGUCGGCGGCCGCCGCCGCGCCAGGGCUCCCUGCCCAUCGGUUCCAGGUGUGUGAGGUGAACCUGGGGUUCAGGGAGCCGUGCCGCGUCAUCUCGGCCUACUUCAUCACGAAGAUAGGCAGGGCGAAGGAGAACAUCGGGCUCCUGGCAGCGCUGCGCGAGUUCGUGGGGCAGCUGGAGUCGCCGUGGGUCGUGAUGGGCGACUGUAACAUGGAGCCCGCGGACGUCCGUGAGUGGGCGCGCAGCGCAGGCGGUGCGCUCGUGGGCCCAGAGGAGCCGACCUGCGGCUCGAAGGUCUUCGACUUCGCGGUGGUCAGCAGGGUCCUCACGGGCUUUGUCGACGUGGCCGAGGUGCUGCUGAGGGCGCCGACGAAGGACCAUGUGCCGUUCAAGGUGGUGCUCCGCGGC